UUUUUUCUAUUCUAGUCGAAAAUGAAAUUAUCUAAGAAGAAUUAACUGUUUCCUGUUCGUUAAAGUAUUUAGUGGAGAUUCGUGUAAAUUUGUCCCUUGAUGAUGAAGUUAGAGAAAGUUUACAUGAGCUAUAUAGUGUACAGCAUCAAUUGAGUAAAGUUGAAGAAAGUUGUGGGUCAGUUCUUGAUUAGUUAUAUGUCUUUGACGUGUGUACAGUGGUGGUUGUAAAUGAAAAUUCAUAAAGCUGUCAACCACGCAUUGUUCACUGCUAAAGUGAUAAGUGAUAGAAGUUCCUUUCAGUCAGACAGACGUUGUGCAAUAUCAAAAGCGCAGGGCAACCGAAACUCCCCGAACGUAAAAUACCGAGAUCCGGAAGUUAACGAGGACAAGUUGGAAGUUGAACUAGCUUCAGUGGCGGGCUUGCGAUAAGCUUAGUCGGAGUGCAAACGUUUCCCGUGGCCCAUCUCAUCUCCGAAAGAACAAAAAAUCACCCCCCUUCUACCCCCCCCCCCAAAAAAAAGUAAAACGUCAAAAAAUAAAAACAAAAUUCGCGAUCGUAAAAUUUCACCUGCACUCCAAAGAAAAAUCCGCUGCCAUCUAAUAAAUAAAGAUAAGACAAAAGAAAAGAAAAUUGUUUCCUCAGUAUUUUAUUUUUUAAUAAAAAUAAAAGCCAUAGAUGAAGAAAGUCUAGAAAAAAAAUCAGUCCAGAAAAAAAUCGAAAUAGCUUUAGAAAUACUAUUUUUUAGAAUUAAAAAAAAAAAUAAAUAAAAGCUCGAGACGCAUAAAAGUCACGCGGAUCUAGAAACACGUGAUGCGAAUUUUUUUCCCCCCUUCGAACAUUGAAAGUACAUAAGCGAAAGGCAAUCUUCGGUAUUUCGAAAUCCAUUCUUAUUUUUCAAAUAAUAAAAAUAAUAAAAAUAGUAAUAAUAGUAAUAAUAGUAAAUAAUAAAAAUAGUUGAAAAUAGAAAUAGAAAUAGAAAUAAAAAUUAGAUUAAUUGCGGAGAUAUUCUCAUCAACUAGAGGAAGUAAUAUUCUCGUAAACUAGAGGAAGUAUAACUUUAGGAUAAAACUUAUAUAGAUAUAUUUUAGUGAGAAAAUUUAUUAGUUAAUUAAUGAUAGAGAGUAAUUAAUGAUACUUACGAACAAAUAAGUAAAUUUAACGAGUAGAAAUAAUAAAUGAUGCAAAACUGAAAUAUCUGGGGAAAUACAAAAUGAAUAAUGAUAAAACUUAGUUUUGAUAGUACGUGUGAUAAAAAAAAAUAAAAAAGAAAAGUAUUUUCGAUUUGAAACGAACAAAGUUUUUUGAUUUGCACAUUUUUAAUUUUUACGCAUAAAAAAGCGGGUAAAUGACAAUCACUUAAAAGAGUUGAGAAUUAUUCUUCGGAUAAAUAAGAAGAUACGUUGAGAAACAAUAGUCUAUGGCUGCCGUUUUUGACGAAAUCGACCUAGCUGACUUGAAGUUUGUCGAGUGUAAUAUUAAAAGUGCAGCUCACACUUUUCAAGUGAUAACUCCUUUUCGGUCUUUGGUACUUUGUGGUGAAAACAGACAAGAUAUGGAGGAUUGGAUUGGAGCAUUAAAAACAGCAUCAGAAUCUCGACCAUCUGAUGCAGGAACAGCAGAACUUUUAGGAGGAAAUCAUCAAUGGUAUGCAACAAGUCAUGCUAGACCGACUUACUGCAACGUUUGCCGAGAUGCUCUCAUGGGAGUUACCUCACAUGGUUUAAGUUGUGAAAUAUGUAAAUAUAAAGUACACAAAAGAUGUAGCGCUAAGGCAAUAAACAAUUGCAAAUGGACCACAUUAGCAUCAAUCGGAAAGGAUAUUAUCGAAGACAAAGAUGGGAAUAUUUCAAUGCCUCAUCAGUGGAUGGAAGGAAACUUGCCGGUAUCAUCAAAAUGUUCUAUUUGCGACAAAACCUGUGGCUCUGUUUUAAGACUGCAAGACUGGAGAUGUUUAUGGUGUAGAGCCACUGUUCACACAGCAUGUAGACCUGCUAUGAGCGAUAGAUGCCCCCUAGGACCAGGAAGACUUAGUGUCGUGCCUCCCACAGCAUUGCAUAGUAUAGAAGAUAUGUUUACCUUCGAAACAGGUAGCGACGAAGCCUGGGAAGCAGUGCGGCCAAUUGGUUGCAGUCCCCUUUUAGUAUUUGUUAACAGCAAAUCCGGUGACAAUCAAGGAAUUAAAUUUCUCAGAAGAUUCAAGCAGAUACUAAAUCCAGCGCAAGUUUUCGAUCUCAUUAAAGGUGGUCCCGGACCUGGGCUGCGACUCUUUCGACAUUUCGACCCAUUCCGGAUUCUCGUAUGCAGUGGAGAUGGGUCAGUUGGUUGGGUUCUUUCGGAGAUUGAUCGGUUAGGAAUGCACGCGAAACAAUGUCAAGUUGGAGUACUACCACUGGGAACGGGGAAUGAUUUGGCAAGAGUUUUAGGAUGGGGAGCGUCUUGUGAUGAUGAUACACACUUGCCACAACUUUUGGAGAAAUAUGAGAAAGCCAGUACGAAAAUGUUGGAUCGCUGGAGUGUGAUGACAUUCGAAAGAAGCAUAUCAUUACCCUGUCGUAAAUUAUCAAUGAAUCAACCUGAUUUGCCUUUGAGUACUGCGUUAGUACAAGAAUAUGAGGAUAGUGUUCUUUCACAUAUAACGAAUAUUCUGCAAUCAAAUCAAGAAAGUUUUAUUAUAUCCAACGCCAAAAUUUUGUGCGAGACAGUAAAAGAUUUUACGGCGCGAGUCAUCGACAUCAGUUACAAUUCUGGGGACCAACAACUUGCAGAAAAGUGUGAUAUUGUUCAGCAAAAAUUGAAUUCAUUGAUAAAAAUCUUAGAAACCGAUGACAGUGAUUUUCAGGACAAUGAAGACGACAGGGAAUUUAAUAAUUUUAGAUCUGAAAACAUUCCAUCUCUAGAUCACCAAGAAAAGGGUGUUUUAGAAAAACCCGAGAAGGAUAUUACUAAUUUGAAACGGGUCCGUAAAAGAAAGGAUUUCAUGGAUAAGGAUGCUUUAUUGUCCAGGUCAGACAGUUUGAAGAGAGCGAUUCGAAGUUUUGCAGAACUUACAGAACUUUACAAUGAAGAACAAUCUCUAAAGCGAAAUUCAAUAUGUUAUGAUAAAAAAGUGAAUUUGGAUCUUCCUCUUGUGGCAACCUUACAUUCUAUAAGUAGUACAGAAUCUUCUUUGUGUUCAAGUCCAACUCCCAAUGUUGCCUCUCUCAGUCCAAUGCCAGAUUUGAGAAGAGAUUCUCAAGCCGACGAAAUGCUUACAUUACCCGCACCUGAUGGUUUCGCUGACAGUAGGAGAAACAGUUCCAAUAUGCCUCAAGUAGCUUUUAGUUUUGAAGUUCCAAUGGUUGAGAGAGCAUUAAUAGAAUUGAAACAAGCUCAAAAUAAAAUAUUGACAAAUGGAGAGCAAGCCGGGGAUGAUUAUCAAAUUGAGACCGAAUCUGAUAUUCAAGUGACUGUAACGCCAACGACUCUAGACACAAGUUCUCCGACGGACGACACAACCAUUCAGGACGCAAUGAUCUCACCUGAUUCGGAAACUGCUUUUUCUAAAAAUGCAUCCCUCGAAAAUAUGCACAGAGUUCAAAGUGACGUUAAAAUUGGACCAACAAAAGGGAGUUGUAGUAACAGUAUUAUCAGUCUCGACAGCACAGUUUCCGAUACUCUCGAUUCGAAAAGUAUAAAUGUCAAAAACAGUGAGAGUGAAAUUGGUCAUAUAGACAGCGAUAUUUUAGACUCAACAAAACAAUCGGACAGUCCCGAAAUUGGACACAUUGACUCGGCGGAAAAUUCUGAAAUCUAUGAGAGUCAGUCGGAGAGUAUGAUUGAUGAUUUGAGUUCAUUGGGACAGGAUUUAAUAAGUACAAUGUUGGGCGAGAAAUAUGAUUCUGUGCGUGAAUGCUUGGAAUCGGAGAAUGUUGAGAAGCCAAGAAAAUAUUGUAGUCUCGCACAAUUUGCCGAGGGCAGUGACAUUGCGAGGAGAUCGUUUAAGAGACCACCGAGAAAUAUUAAAAUUGAAAAUCAAGAAUUGUUGUUCGCAGCAAAGAAUCAUGAAUUCUCGUCGAAUAUGUUGAAAAUCAAUAGCAAUGAACAUGAGAAAAGUGAAAAACAUUCGCAGGGCGGUGAGAAAAUUACAAAUUUAUUAAGUCCCGUUUGUUGUUUCACUGUCUCGUCGGAUCAGAAUGCAAGAAAGGAGUCGCAGCAGAUUUUCCCGCCAACAAUCAGUGUUAUUGUCGAUCCACCAAGUCCGUCGGCAUCGAUUGGUAGUCGUCAUGAGAAGGAGAAUAAAUUGAAUUCAAAAUUGAGACGAUUGAGUGGAGAGAGUAUGGAAAAAUUGAACGUUGAGUUACCGGAAUAUGGAUGUUCGCCGCAAGCAACGAGACGAAUAAGUAGCGGUAGUUUAUUGAAACCAAACGAAGUAGUUUCGUUGGCAGCAUCGGCUGCAAGACUUGGCGGAUCGAGUUUAAGCCUUCGACACGAAAGAGCAAAAUCUGUCGACAAAACGGAGGAAGUUAAAAAACUGCCAAUUAUUAAUCCUCUAGUGCGAUUGCCAAUGUGGCCGAAUGUCAGCGGAGGUGCUGGUUUAAUAAGUCAAGCUUUACUUGCGAAUGCCGACGCUCUUUGUGCAGCUGUUUCGCCAUUAAUGGAUCCAGAUGAGACUCUCAUGGAAGGAUAUUUCGAACGAUGUGUGAUGAAUAAUUAUUUCGGCAUUGGAAUUGACGCGAAGAUAAGUCUCGAUUUUCAUCAUAAACGAGAGGAACAUCCAGAAAAAUGUCGAUCACGCGCAAAAAAUUACAUGUGGUAUGGAGUUUUAGGCUCAAAGCAAUGGCUGCAAAAAACGUACAAAAAUUUAGAUCAAAGAGUUCAACUGGAAUGUGAUGGUCAAAGAAUACCUUUGCCUUCCUUGCAAGGAAUUGUCGUCUUAAAUAUUCCAAGUUUCAUGGGUGGCACAAACUUCUGGGGCGGAACGAAGGAAGGAGAUAUAUUCUUAGCGCCCUCGUUCGAUGAUCGAAUUUUAGAAGUUGUCGCUGUAUUCGGUUCCGUUCAGAUGGCUGCUUCUAGGUUAAUUAAUUUGCAACAUCAUCGAAUUGCACAGUGUCACAGCGUUCAAAUUAAUAUAUUGGGAGAUGAGGGAGUUCCUAUUCAGGUUGACGGAGAGGCGUGGAUCCAGCCUCCCGGAAUUAUAAGGAUUAUUCACAAAAAUCGAAUGCAAAUGCUCUUCAGAAAUCGGGCUCUCGAAACUUCACUCCGAGCGUGGGAGGAGAAACAACAAAAAGUAUCAGCAGUCUCGCAAUCGUCGUCGACAUUAAGCAGCACUUCUCAAUCACAGUCGCGAACUCAUUUGCAAAUAGACGGGAAACAAUUGUUACUUACUGACGAGGAGAUGAGCAUUUUACUUGGUUUCAUCGAAGUUGUCACGACUUUAGUUAAAUGGGUGAAGUUACUCAUUAUUUCGCAUCCGAGUCUUGAACCCGAGCUUUAUCAAAUUGCUGCGAGGACUGCGGUUGCCCUCGAAAAAGUUCAUCCCGAUGGAAAAAUUUUGCAAGGAGUGAAUUUACGACCCGUUGUCACGGACUUGGUUUCCACUGCCAGACAAUUGUACGAAGAAUCUUGUGAAUUGUUGAGGGAUAAAGCGCACAAUUUAAAAUUAAGAGAAGAUCUUGAAAAUAAAUUAUCCCUUUCCCUUGCCACAAUGGAGCAAGAAUUACGAAAAUGCAUAUUUGACGAAGGCGGAACUUGUCUCGUGUACCUACAGCACUUACCACCUGAAGAUCAGCAGAGCGACAAAAAGAAUCGACAUCGAGGACUGUUUUGGCUGAAAUUCAGACGAUCAGUGGGACAUGCAGGCAAUCAUCCGGCGAGAGAUCAAGUGACACAUUGGGGAGUGCAGGAGGUUUGCUGUUGGCUGGAGAAUCUUCAACUUGGAGAGUAUGUCGAUAAUUUUGUUUCGCACGAUAUUCGUGGACGGGAAUUAUUAUCGUUGGCCAGAAGAGAUUUGAAGGAGUUAGGAAUUACAAAGGUCGGUCACGUGAAGCGUAUUUUACAAGCAAUUAACGAUCUUAAUAGCUAAUCUUGCCAGGCAAUCGUGGAUGAAAAUUGGUGAUCAGAUCAAAUUUCGAUUAAGCCGGUAGAAAAGUAAUUUUUGCUCUCGAAAAUAAUUUUUUCAAUCACUAUUAUCUUUCACUGUCGACUG